AUGAAGUUUACAGCCCUCACUCUGGCCGUCGCCGGCCUGGCUUCUGCGCAGACUUGGUCGUUGUGCAACCCCGUUAAAGGAGACACUUGCCCUGCAAACCCAGCUUUCGGUGGUGAUGCCAGCUAUGACUUCCGUAACGCGGCCAAGAUUGACGAUCUGGAGUCAUUCUUCAUCGUCGAUGGUGGUGUCAAGUACAACCCCAAGGUCAUGACAUUCUCCAAGGACACAGGCGCAAAGAUGAUCAUCUUUGAAGAAAACAACGCCCCCACCCUCACCUCCAAGAAUUACAUCUUCUUUGGCAAGGUCGAAGUCGAGCUCCAAGCCGCUCCCGGCCAGGGUAUCGUCACCAGUAUCGUACUCCAGUCCGACGCUCUGGAUGAGAUCGACUGGGAAUUCGUCGGCGCCGACCAGGCCCGCGUCCAAACCAACUUCUACGCCCUUGGUGUCAACGACUACACCCGUGCCAGGUACUACGAGGUUCCCUUCAACCCCAUGACCUCGAUACACACGUACACCAUCGAGUGGACCAAGGAGGCCAUCGUCUUCUCCAUUGACGGCAAGGUGUACCGCACCGCCACCCCUGCCGAGGGCAACUACCCGCAGACGCCCAUGCAGCUGAAGCUUGGAACCUGGGUCGGUGGCAAGGGUGAUGCUCAGGGCACUAUCGACUGGGCUGGUGGUCUCGCACAAUGGGACCAGGCUCCUUUCGCCGCUUAUUACCGCUCUCUUAAGAUCUCGGACUACGCUGGCGGUGACAAGGCCGGUGCCACCUCUUACGAAUACAAGAAGGGCUCCGACGGCAAGUGGCAGAGCAUCCGCGUCAACGGCGUCGGCGAGAAGAAGGGAGGCUCCGACGGUGUUUACAAGGAGCAGCCCAGCGCCGAGUCCACGGGCUCCGUUGCACCCACCACUGGAUCUGCUACCAAGGCCGCUUCCACUGCCAGCAGUUCUCCCAGUGUUUCCUCGCCUCCUGUUAUCGCCGACAGCAAAUCCACGACGACUGCCGCCGUCAACGCGACGCUUGUGACAAGACUGACCAGCAAGGCCGAGUCGGCUACUGGAUCCGUCCACGCCCAGACCACUCUUCCCAGUGCCUCCGCCAGACCCACCGAGCCGGCACCUGCUGCUGCUUCUUCUGUUCAAGGAAGCGUCUUCAUUGCUGGUGUCGCCGCCUUCUUUGCCGCCAUGAUGCUAUAG